AACGCGUGCGUAACGUAUGUAUGCGACCCAGAACGUCCUGCUCCCCGCUGAUCUCAUCGGUUAAUGGACUAAAGAAAGGAUGAGGGUUUGAGAAAACACAUUUUCGUUACCGAAUACCGUGAAGCCAGUGUAAUGCGAUAGUGAAAAUAUAUUGUCUCUCUCGCCACGCGCAUGGCGCGUUAGGGGAAACUGCAGGCUACAGCUGUCUGUCCGGUCAGCUGUUUUUAUUUACCGAGAGACAGCAGCAUCACUAGGAGGGCACGAGACCACAGACUAGUCUAUACCGGCGCCCCGGACCCCCACAGACCAGACCGUCAGGACUAACGUAGAGGACAGAGAGAGGAGGCCAGAGAGAGAGAGAGAGAGAGGAGGAUGGAGUUUAAACAGCUGGUGGAGGUGGCGGAGAAAUGGUGUUCGUCGGUUCCGUUCGAUCUGAUCUUUGCGGAGGAGGAUGAUGAGAGAAGACUGGACUUCUACGUGGAACCGGGAAUCUCCUUCUAUGUCCUUUGUCCCGAUAACAUGACCGGAGGGACCGAUAAUUUCCAUGUAUGGAGUGAGAGUGAGGACUGCCUGCCGUUCCUACAGCUAGCCCAGGACUACAUCUCCUCCUGCGGGAAGAAAACUCUGCUAGAGGUCCUGGACAAAGUCUUCACUUCCUUUAGACCUUUGCUGGGUCUACCAGACAUAGAUGAUGAGACAUUUGAGCAGUACCAUGCAGGCGUGGAGGACGAACCAGAGCCGGACCACCAGCAGAUGGGAGUCAGCCAGCAGUGAUGCCUACAGAAGAGGUGUCCGGCUGGGCCACAAUAACUACCCACGCCUCUGGUCUCAUCCCCUGCAUCAAUACACAGGCCCAACGACCCUGUAGCGACUAUACAAAGUCAUAAUGUAUACUCAGAUUCAUAAUGUACACAGACACACACACAAACACACAGGACAGCCUGCUGAAAUGUACCAUUGCGUUCUUUAACUUAUCAAAAGCUUUGCUCUCCAGAUAUUGCACUCCUUCUAAUGUCACAGACACACACACACACACACACGCACACACAGCCGUGCCAUACAACAUGAUUAUUAUUAGCAAUCACAACAGACAGUCAUGCAUACAGUAGGCUACAACAUUACUAUAGUUACUAUUACUAACCACUACCAUGCUGGUUCUAGGCUGAUAAACACAACACUCUCCAACCCUGCUCAGCAUCUCCACCUAAAGACAAACAAUCAACUAGUCUAGCACCAACAACAUACUCCCCUCCCUCCCUCCCCAGCCAGGCCACCAAGACGUAGCAGAGCACUGUCACUGUCAACCAUGUAACACCUGACUGUAACCAUCCACUGUACCACACAAUGCUAGCCAAACCAGCACAUUGUUGUGACCUUGUAACAAUGUUAGCGGUGAAAGUAGAGGGAGGAAUAGAGCAGAAAUGUAAUCCUAUGGUAGAAACUGUCCCUUAUGUACUGCUGUGAAGUUGGCCAAAAGCUGCUGUAUCUGUGUGUUUAUUUCAUAUUGCGUGCGUGUGUGUGUGUGUGUGUGUGUAUUUGUGUGUGUUUUGUAUGUGUGUCUGUCACCACCAUCAGUGCACUGCUACGCUUUUACUAUCCCCGCGGACCUCAAGGAGUAGGAUGAAGUUGUGUCUAGACACUGAUCCAAGGUAAUUUUUCCCCCUUAUUGGGAUUGGGGAAAGUAAACUGUUCCUAGAUCUGUUUCUACAGGCAACGUCUACCUGCAACGGUCUUCCACCUUACUAAACUAGGCCUACACUUCUUACUCUCUCUGAACAUGGCAACUACAAUACAUGUAACUCUCUCUCCGAAUGGUUUUAAGUCUUUACUUUGGCUUAUGAACAUUAUUUUUUAUUUACAUUAUUUAACUGAAUAUCUGUCAUGCUAAUGUGUGUUUUAUGUUCUGUCCUCCAGUGUGUGUGAAGGUAUUCUAUUAAAAAAAAACGUGUGGAGGGAGCAGUGAGUCUGACUGGGUUUUUGAUAUGCAAAUAUAAUGUACAUAUAUAUAUUAAAUAUGACAAUUCUAUAACUGCCUGGCUUUUUCUAAACAUC